CGUGGACCGGCAGUGAUUUGCUUCUGGCUUGGCUAGCUGGUCUCAGGGGUGGGUUACUGUGAAGUGGCAGAAGUGGGUAUUUUGUGUGCUAUUGUGUUUUAAAGUUGUAAGUCGUCUUUAGUGUCACUGCCAAGCUAAUAAGUGAGAGUAGAGUGUUUAUUCCAGGACAAUGUCAAAAAGCAGUGGGAAAGCCCUCAACCUGAGAGAGAAGCUUGAUGGAAAUGAACUGGACCUGAGCCUGAGUAACCUAGAGGAAGUUCCAGUCAAAGAGCUGGCGGCUUUAUCUAAGGCUACUUCACUGGAUCUCUCCUGUAACAGUCUCACUUCCCUUUCGCCAGAUUUCUGCACUCUGACACAUCUGGUGAAACUGGAUCUCAGCAAGAACCAGCUCCAGCAACUGCCUCAAGACUUUGGACAUCUUGUCAAUCUGCAACAUCUGGACCUGCUGAGCAACAAGCUGGUGAUGCUGCCGGUCAGCUUUGCAGAUCUUAAGAACUUGAAGUGGUUGGAUCUGAAGGAUAACCCCCUGGAUCCCUACUUGGCCAAAGUUGCAGGAGAUUGUCUGGAUGGAAAACAAUGCCAGCUGUGUGCCACCAAGGUCCUGAAACACAUGGCAACCAUUCAGUUUGAGCAAGAACGAGAGACACAGCGCUGCUUAGAGGCAGAGAGAGAACAGGAGCGGCGUAGAGAAGCUGCGCAAAAACAGAAGGAAGCCAGAGAGCGAGAACUACGGAAACGACAAAAAGCAAAAGCUAAGGAAAAGAGAAGGCAAGAGUAUGUCGCCUCUAAAGAAGCCAAGGAAACCCAGAAGAGGAAGGAAGAACAGGGUGAUAGUCUGAAGGAGAAUACUGUUCCUAACUCAAGAAGAGUACCUGAACAGAAACAUUUUCGAUGCAGUUUGUUACUUAAACUUCUGUUAUUCCUGAUUAUGUGUGCUAUCUGUGCCGUAAGUGUCGUUGCUGUUUGCAGAGUCACGGAACUGCAGCAUAAACCCCUCUGUUUGACAGUUAGCACACUAUACGAGGAUACCCUCUCCACUGUGAAUAACCAUGAGGUAGUACAGAAGAUACUGCAGAGAAUUUCCCAGCUGUGAUAUGAAAUAGGGGAAAAAUUAUCUCCAACGAAUUCCUAUGGAAUUGCCUUACUCAGAGGAGACUGCUUGAACCAAAUCAGUGUUGCUUUGUUUUGACUGCCUGCACUCUUGUUUAAUUUACUAAGAAUGCCACACUAAAAAGUUUUUCAGCUUCCGGUAGAUUUUUCUGAUAAGAACUUAGAGAGAGUUAAGGGACUUCUUUUUCCCCAGGGAUAUGGAAGUGGCCUCCAACACAGUUACCCCUCUAUGCUUAAAGUGGGAUUGGGCACUUCCUGACUAGUUGUUAAUCUGUUAAUUUUUAGGUGACAUGUUUCCUAGUGCCUUUGUUAUGAGAUAGCCCAAGCUUGGUAGCUUGCCAUCAAACAAACUCUUUGUUGUUUUAGACACCUUCAUGAUAAAUUAUAGGAUAAAGAGACCAGGGUUUUUAUUAGUGUUCUGACCUUUUUGGCCGAAAUGCUUGAUAGAAAAUGUCUGUCAUUACAUUAUUGUGGUGAUACAACUAAGAAGAUUAAAAUAAAUGUGGCUAGUUUUGUUGCUGCUCUGGGACAUGUAGAAUAGCAGAAACAAAGCUGUUGUAUGAUCUACAAAAAUGGCUGUUUCAUAUUUCAACACUACCUAUUUCACUAUUUCUGGAAUGUGUUUAACAGAAAUAAGUAGAUAUGUAAGCUGUAUUUUUAAUUGGAAAGGAGGUCAUCACCUUGAAGGAAGCAUGGCAAGUUCUAAUUUGUAAACGCAGUGUCAGCACAAUUUUGACCAUGAUUACUUACUCAAAGUAGUGGAAAAAAAUACACAUUGAGAAAAUGGGAGUGGACCAGUUCUUUGUAGGAGCUGGUUUCUGCCACACAUAAAGGCCAAUGGUUAUAAUGUCAGUGUCAGAGGGUGUGUGUGGUUGUGUGUCAGAGGGUGUGUGUGGUUGUGUGUCAGAGGGUGUGUGUGGUUGUG